UCUCUGGUGUUAAUGUGUAUGUGUCAGGAAGCAUUUUACAGAAUUCAUCUUACUUUUAUAUUGAUUGUCACACCUGUAGAAGGAGGUGACAAAAUAUCGCUUGUGACUUUCAACACAAUCCCACUGCAGACUUUACAUUCUUUCAUCUGAAUCUGGGACACUGACAUUUACGAACCAUCAUUCCAUCGGCUUCAUCUUCUUCAGAAGAAGUGUUUUCCUGCAUCACAGCUUCCCUUCAGCUGAGGGAGACAUGACUGGGGCAGAGAGCUUCAUCCUCAUUGGCUGCCUGCUGCAAGGGGCUCUGUGCAGUACCUGGUCAGCCCGGAUGCCUCAGAACAUACAAGCUCUGCAUGGAUCCUGUGUGCUGAUUCCCUGCACAUUCCAGAUUCCAUCUGACCAGUCAAGAAAUCUGAAAAAGCCAAUCGGAAUGUGGAGGAGAAAUACAAAGAGAGGAAAUUAUGUGUUUUCAUCUAAUGAAACAUUUAAAAAUGACAUCCAAGGAAAGAUAAUCGGAACAUUAACAAAGAAAAACUGCACCACAAUCCUGUAUAAUAUUACAAAGGACCAGACUGAUGGUUAUUUCCUUAGGAUUGAAGGCACCGACUCUCCACCCAGCCCCCAUAUCACCAUAAACAGGGACAUGGUGAAGGAGGGGGGCUCUGUGACUCUGAGGGCGGGGGACUCUGUGACUCUGAGGGAGGGGGGCUCUGUGACUCUAAGGGAGGGGGACUCUGUGACUCUGAGGGAGGGGAACUCUGUGACUCUGACCUGUUUGGCUCCAGCUCCCUGUCCAUCACUCCCCCCGUCUCUGUCAUGGACCCCCAAGCUGAGUGACAAUAUCACUGUAUUUCAGGAGAAUGAUGAUCACACUAAACAUGUAUCUUCUGUUAUGAACUUUACUGCCUCACAUCUCCUCCAUAAGCAGGGAGUCGAAUGUACAGCAGUUUACAGUCUCCAAGCCAACAACAGUGAGAGGACAUCCCACACAAAUGUGACUCUCAAUGUUCAGUAUUCUCCUAAAAACACUUCGGUGUUAAUUGGAAAAGACCGGAGUCUAACCUGCAGCAGUGAUGCCAACCCAGCAGUGAACAAUUACACCUGGUAUAGAGUGAAUGGGAGUGAAAUUAAAGUUGUUUCACACAGACAGAACCUCACCUGUAUUAUCACUGAGGUCAGUGGACAGUAUUACUGUCAAGCUGAGAAUGAACACGGCCUGCAGAGUUCAAGCACUGUGCAGCUCGACAGUGAAUACGUGACACCCAGUAGCAGCAAAGCCAGCUGCCAGUGGAGGAGUGACCAGUACAAAGUGACUGAGGACUCUCCACCCAGCCCCCAGAUCACCAUAAACAGGGACAUGGUAAAGGAGGGGGGCUCUGUGACUCUGACCUGUUUGGCUCCAGCUCCCUGUCCAUCACUCCCCCCGUCUCUGUCAUGGACCCCCAAGCUGAGUGACAAUAUCACUGUAUUUCAGGAGAAUGAUGAUCACACUAAACAUGUAUCUUCUGUUAUGAACUUUACUGCCUCACAUCUCCACCAUAAGCAGGAAGUCAAAUGUACAGCAGUUUACAGCCAUCAAGCCAACAACAGUGAGAGGACAUCCCACACAAAUGUGACUCUCAGUGUUCAGUAUUCUCCUAAAAACACUUCGGUGUUAAUUGGAAAAGACCGGAGUCUAACCUGCAGCAGUGAUGCCAACCCAGCAGUGAACAAUUACACCUGGUAUAAAGUGAAUGGGAGUGAAAUUAAAGUUGUUUCACACAGACAGAACCUCACCUGUAAUAUCGCUGAGGUCAGUGGACAGUAUUACUGUCAAGCUCAGAAUGAACACGGCCUGCAGAAUUCAAGCACUGUGCAGGUCCACUGUGAAUCUGUCAAAGCUCCACCCACUUUGAUUGGCGCUGCAGCAGGGGCUGCUGGGAUGAUUCUCACCUGCAUCUUACUGACAAUUAUUCUCAAGAAAAGCUGCAGCAGGCAGAAUCAUGGCAGUAAGACACAGGAAACAGGAGAAUUAACACCGACAAACCAGGUGAGUCUCUCUCAUGGGCUGCAGAUCCACACAAAGCACUGCAUCACUGCACACAGACAUGAGAGUAUGGAGAGAUCAUACGAAGUGUGGACUUUAUGACAUGUU